ACAUGAUCACAGAUGCGGGGGAGGGAGAGAAAAGGGGAUAAAAGUUAGAGCCGAGUGAGCUGUAAAAAGAAGCAGUUCGUACAAGUCUGAGCAGAAAAACUUUCUCUUGUUAAUUCUCCCAGGGAAGCUUAUUGCUCUCCUCUUCAUGGACUUUUAUUUCAUUAUUGGUGAUCUGGAGGAUAGGACUACAAGAUAAAGACAUAACUUUAGUCAGACGGACUACUUCGCUUCGCUAUUAAAUAAAGAAGAGGGUGGUCGACAGAUUUACUGAACUUAAGAUGGAAGAUAUUGAAAAUUACACCAGUUUACAAGAGUUCACGGAAGAUACAGCUCAUAGUGGGAACAGACCUAUACUCACAUCACAGAGCAAACAAGGUGUUCAAAAAGGGGCGAAGUGUUUGAGGGGGCAGGCAGCUCUGGUCCUGCUCAUUGCUCUGCUGACCUCAGUUUGUGCAAACAUUGUACUUGGCGUUCUCUUGGUAAACAGUCACAGAUCAUCUGUCACUGUAGAGCCAGACAAGAGUGAUGAGUCUGAAGCUGCGUCUCUGUCUCUCAAACUUACUGCCAUGCAGGAGCGUUUCUCCCACCUCUGCUCAGAAUACACAACUCUUGGACAGACUUGUUCAAAAUCGGUGAUCAGAUGUAGUCCAUGCCCAGAGAACUGGAUACAUUUAGAAGAGAGGUGUUAUUACUUUAGUGAUGAUAAACUUGACUGGCAGCACAGCAAAGAGAGCUGUGCGUCCAUGGGCGGCUAUCUGACAAUACUGCACAGCCACGAACAACAUCACACCCUUGAGGGUGUCGCACGCAAUCGUGGUGGAUUUGACUAUCAUUUCUGGAUUGGUUUAUCAGACGCUGAGACUGAGGGAGUGUGGAAAUGGGUGGACAACACAGUGGUUAAUAAGACGUACUGGAAUGAAUGGCAUGAAGAGCCCAAUAAUCACGAGUCAGGUGGGAUUCAUGGAGAAGACUGCGCAGUGCUGGACUCACGCUCUAAAACCUGGUUUGACGUGCCCUGUGAUUUCAGUUAUAAACGUAUCUGUGAGAUGGAUCCUAUCACACUUAACAUUUGAAUUGAAGUUGAAAUGUGUACAAAUGUAGCCUAUAUGUAUUUUUCUAUUGCCCUCCUUUUUUAAUAAACGGUGAAAUUCUCAGAGGUUCAAAGGUUCAA